UGAUCGAUGAUCGAUGAUCAGUUGGUCUGUAACUUGUAAGGCUGCAUGUAAAAGCAGCCACUGCAAUCGUUGUUACCUCUGACCAUCAUCUGAAGCAAGGAUGUCGCAGCCACGAAGGUCACCGCAUGAUUCGUACGAAACUGAGACAACAGAUCACCAAAUAGACACGGAAACCAUCCUCCUCAAGCACCUCCCACUUAACCCAGACUCGCCUUCCCCGUUGCAGAAGGAUGCACAUUUGCAGUUCCUGGUUCGAAAUCUAAUCCAAGGUUUUCCAUCCCGCUAUAUCGGCCAAGACGCAAGUCAACCAUGGUUGCUCUACUGGACGCUUCAAAGCUUCAGCGUCAUGGGAGUAGGGAUGGAUCCGAAUAAUAAACAGAAGGCCAUCGACACUAUUAUGGCAUGGCAGCAUCAAAAUGGCGGAUUCGGAGGUGGGCCAGGCCAGGCUGCUCAUUUGCUUCCAACUUACGCGGCGGUUUGCGCGCUGGCGAUCGUUGGAAGGCCCGGCCCUGGAGGUGGAUGGGAUCAGAUCGACCGGGAGAAGAUGUAUGAGUUCUUCAUAUCGGUCAAGCAAUCAGAUGGGGCGUUCCUCGUGGCACACCAUGCAGAAGUAGAUGUGCGUGGGACAUAUUGCCUCCUCGUGGCGGCACAUUUGCUGAACAUAUUAACACCGGAACUUUUGGAGGGCGUCCCUGCCUCCAUUAUGUCGUGUCAGACUUACGAAGGAGGCUUCUCAUCCGCUUCCCAGCCGUAUUUUUCCCCUGAACCAGAAGGACCUCCGACACUGCUUGAUUCACCGCGUCCACCUCUCGGUGAAGCUCACGGCGGGUAUACUUUCUGCUCCUCUUGCCCUUCGGUCCAGAAGCCAUCUCUGAAUUUCAAGACGUUGCUGCGAUGGCUGGUGCAGAUGCAAGGCUCGGAGAUCGAGCUUGGUGGUUUCAAAGGCCGCACUAAUAAGCUUGUGGAUGGAUGCUACUCCUGGUGGGUCGGGGGCUGCUUUGCAUUGUUGUCUUCGCUAGGCAUCGUUGGUGCCCAUGGCCAGGAUGAAGCUUGGAAUGAUGUUGAUGAUUCAGUAUGGGACCGUGCCGCAUUGCAGCGCUAUAUCCUGUGCGCGGCUCAGCACCCAGCAGGAGGUCUACGCGAUAAGCCUCCAAAGCCCGCAGAUUCAUACCACACACUAUAUUGCCUAGCAGGACUAUCCACUGCUCAGCACAAUAUUUUCCUCUCAUCUACUCGGCAAGAUGCUAUCUUUCGCUGUUGGAAGACCCCGCCUGAGUCGACGCAUGAGCAACUUCGUCAAGCGUGUUUCGCGCACUCGCUUUCUUGGACAGAGGAAGAGGGCACGUCUCGCAUACUUGGAGUGCAAAAUAACCGGAUGGUGAUCUACUGUGCUUUUUUUCAUGGGCGAAGUGACUGAUUGAGCUUUUAUGCAGAAUGCGACACAUCCAGUAUUCAAUCUGACUAUGACGCACACGGAGGGUAUCAUGGCGCAUUUCUACAAACAAACGAUUCC